AUGCUCGAGGAGAACCAGCUUGAGCAGGUGUUGCUCGAGAAGCUAGGACGGCAGUCCGUCGAGGAGAGCGCGAUCAGCUAUCGGAGCUGGCGGGCCAAGACCUUCGAGGAGGUUGUUGUUAGGAAUCGACAGGCGCGCCAGCAGCAGUACUCUGCACAGAAGAAAGCAGACAAGGAGGAGGCCCUCCGCCGCGACCAGGAGCACCCGCCGCUCCGGGACUCGCAAGCAUUCAAGAUCUCUUCACGGGGCUUCCACCUACCGAUGCUGUUCGAAUUUGGAGAGCACAUUACCUGA